UUCAAGUAUGUAUAGGUUGGACUUUAGAGUGCAAAGAGAGCUUCUCUCUUUUCUCGGAUCACAUCCAUUUCUACAGAGAAAGUGAGAAACGAAAGAGACAUGGAGUCCGACGAAAUCGAUCGUCGCGAGUAUCUCUGAUUUGACAUUCAGUUUCAGUCACCACUACUUCAAGCGAAGUGAAUUGCGAACGUGCUUCCACUCUGCCUGUACCAUCUGACUCUGUCGAAGCUCUUCCUGUCCUCUCCUCCUCAAAGGGUAGUUCAUCGUGAACUUUUUGCGUUCUUUGAAAAACUUUCAAAUUUCAUGGCGUCCUCGUUCCAAGAAGUCCAGGCAAUUGCUCUUUAUGUUUUCCAACCGUGUAAAAUUACCGGUCAUAUCUGAGACUGAGAGUGAGAGGGGAGUUUUCGCGAUGGGUUUUUUGCUUGAUUGGUCAACGGGGCCUCCGAUAAAACGAAGAGCGGGUUUGCGGAUAAAACAGGCGGGGCGAAGUUCAUACAGGGGCAGCUAGUGAAGGUUUUCUUAUGUGAUAAUUGGACUGAGUUUUCUGCUACUCUACUAGACCUUUGUAAAUUCCUUGAGUGUCAAGUGAUGGAGACUACUGCUUUGAGGCAGUUGUUGAAAAGUCUCUGCAGCAAUUCGCAUUGGGAAUAUUCAGUCUUUUGGAAGCUUAACCACCGAAACCAAAUGGUUUUAUGUUGGGAAGAUGGAUAUUGGGCUUGUCCAAAAACAGCAGAACCUGUCGAGAAUAUACCAGAUGACAUUUACUUCGAAGGCGUAAAUGAGAUAUUUUCUUCAGCAAGUAAAAUGAAUAUAGGUGAUGAUGAUGUAAUGGAAUAUCGAAUUGGACGAGCAGUGGCUGAUAUGUCAUGUCAUCAGUAUGCCAUGGGAGACGGGGCUGUCGGUGAAGUUGCAUAUACAGGAAGCCAUUGCUGGGUUCUCUUUGAGAAUGAUUUUGCUAGUGAAUGCAACUCCAAGUUAGUUCCUGAGUAUCCAGAAGAAUGGCUACUUCAAUUUGCAGCAGGUGUCAAGACCAUUGUGCUGGUUCCUGUACUUCCACACGGAGUUGUACAGCUGGGCUCAUUGGAAUGGGUUGCUGAAGAUCUGGCCUUGAUUGCGUAUGUCAUAGAUAGGUUCAAUGCCCUUUACAAUGUUGCACAGAUUAAUAUACCAUUCACCUCAAACAGAGAUAUUCAAUCACAAUCGUCUUCAUCACUAAUGUCUGGUUUCCUGGAGAACCCACUGGAGCCCUCAGACAUGACCAUUACCCUGCUGAAGGCUGAAGAUUUGAAGGAUUUUGACCACAUUAGACCAAAUAAGAACAAAUUCUCAACAUUAUAUGAAGUUUUGCCAAUGUCAAUGUAUCAAGAUGCCGUUCAGGUCUCUGAAACAGAACUUCCUGAAUUGUUUGGUAAUGUUGGCCAAAAUGUGACUGAUGCUCCACCAAAUAGUCUCAUUGCCGUAUCAACUCCUUUAUGUCAACCAAUAAAUACCAGCCAGUUAGAGACACUAGAGAGUGAGUUGCUUGGAUUAUCUUGUCUGAAUGAAUUGCAGGCUUAUCCUCAAUUUAACAGCUACAAUUUGGGGGCUUCUGUAGAACCCUCCUGUGGAAUCAGUCCUUUGUGUGGUGAAUUAAUGAGUCUUGGAGACACAAGGGUUAAUGAUGCAGGCCAUAGAAGUGCGAGCAGUAUCACUAGCCUUCCCAUAGAUUCUGAGCUACAUGAAGCACUUGGACAAGCUUUCCAGAAUCAUAUCGUUGAAGACAUGCACAACUCAUCAUUCUUAAUUGAGGAUUCGUGUAGAAGCUCGAGUUUAACCCACAAUAUAGAUAUUGUCAAUGGUGCUGAGCCAUCAUCGUUUGCUAAAGCUGAUGAUGCAGAUCAUCUGUUGGAAGCUAUAGUUGCAAGUGUGUCUAGUUGUAUAGACGACUCUUUAGCUAGCAGAUUUAAAAGUUCAACAUCAUCUACAUCCUCGUCAGGACAAGGUGCUAGUUUGUUCAGGUUACAAAGUCAAUCUGAAGCAAGUGGCUUAAUAAGUGAUGACUCAACUCCAUGGAGUGAUUUUAGAUCAUCAUUUGUUUCCUUCGACACAAAUACCUCUACUGGUUCUGUUUCUUUCAAUAAUACAAGGAGCAAAUUGAUUGAUAAAGAGCAGCAAGGAAAACCUAAUGGCUCUAUGCAGCCUAGGAAGGGAAACAAGUUGUCCAAUGCCAGCAAAAGACGAGCCAGAACUGGUGAAAAUCAAAGGCCAAGACCAAGGGAUCGGCAAAUGAUCCAGGAUAGGCUGAAGGAGCUCCGACAACUUGUCCCAAAUGGUGCGAAGUGUAGCAUUGAUGGUCUCUUAGAUCGAGUGGUAACGCAUAUGCUGCAUUUAAGAAGCAUGACUGAACAGGCUGAGAAAUUGAGGCACUUGGCUCCUCGAAAGGUGGCUGAUCGGAAGAGUUGGGGAUCAUCUGAAAUGAAAAAUAGUAGUCAAAAUGGGACUAGCUGGGCUUUUGAAUUUGGAGACGGACUUCAAUCAUGCCCCAUAGUUGUGGAAGAUCUUGAAUAUCCGGGACACAUGCUGAUAGAGAUGCUUUGCAAUGAACGUGGGCUCUUCUUGGAGAUUGCCCAGGUGAUUCGAAAUUUGGAGUUCACCAUCUUGAAGGGUACAAUCCACCACCGUUCAAACAAUGCCUGGGCUGAGUUUAUCGUCGAGGGUCAGAAGGGCUUUCAUAGGAUGGAUUUGUUCUGGCCGCUCAUGCAUCUUUGGCAGUGUAAAAGAAACCCCGUCUGAAACAAGUUUUGAGAAGUACUGUUGAAUUGACGCUAGAGAUGGUUGGUCUACAUGAGUCUUAUAAUUUAUUACAAGGCAAUAUUAGAAGUUCCUGAUCAUCUAAACCAAAGUAAAGGGAUUUCUUGCUUGUGAACAAACUCAUGAAGUUAUUGGUGUGCUGUUAAUGAUGAACUAGCAACUCCUAAAAGAAGAAAGACAUGAAUACUUGCA